GCUGUCCCUGUCGCCCGGGACAGGGAGCUCUGGGAGACUCUAAUUAGUCACAUGGGGAGGGGCCGGGCGACCUCACGCUGGUCUGAACUCUGCGGCCAUUUAACCGGUUCCCUUUGCCGUGGAGGUUGCGCUGCCUCCCAAGUCCGGAAGCUGAUAAAGCCAACUCCUGCCUGAAAUUGAGGAUCCACGUCACCCAAGAAGAUGCGCGCGCUCAUUCCAGAGCCCCAGCUUGGAGACCUGAUUGAGAUUUUCCGCCCUUUCUACAGACACUGGGCCAUCUACGUUGGCAAUGGAUAUGUGGUCCACCUGGCCCCCCCAAGUGAAAUCCCGGGAGCUGGUGCGGCCAGCGUCAUGUCCGCGCUGACCGACAAGGCCAUAGUGAAGAAGGAACUGCUGUACGACGUGGCGGGGACAGACCGGUACCGGGUCAACAACAAGCACGAUGGCAGGUACCCGCCGCUGCCUCCCAGCAAGAUCGUCCAGCGGGCGGAGGAGCUGGUGGGGCAGGAGGUUCUCUACAAGCUGACCAGCGAGAACUGCGAGCACUUCGUGAACGAGCUGCGCUACGGCAUAGCCCGCAGCGACCAGGUCAGAGAUGCUGUCAUGAUGGCUGGCGUCGCAGGCGUGGGCCUGGCAGCCUUGGGCUUCAUUGGAGUCAUGCUCUCAAGAAACAAGCGACAAAAGCAAUGAGUUGAAGCGACUGUCUUGUCAGCAGUGAUUUUAUACAUUAAGAGGGUGUCUGGUUCUGCUGGAGGGUGUGAAGUUUGGUUUGUAGGUUUCAUUAUUUUGUAACAAGUCUUAUUUUCGUAGAAUAAAAUAAAGCCCAAUAAGGGAGGAUUUUAUUGGGGGAAAUGCAGCAAGAA